AUCCAAGCUUCUUCUUGUUCUUUGGAUGCAUACCAUGAUCCACUAUGCAGCUGGUCAGCAUUUCAGUUGUUCACUAUCAAAAAUGAACGUGUCAAUGGCGAUGGUUUGUGAUGGAUAUUACGACUGUGAUCAUUACGAGGAUGAAUCAAAUUGCAAUUACUCAACGACGUAUCUGCAAUCAGGUGAAUCAUAUUCAUUCAUCAUACCACGCAACUACACCAUAGGAUUUUACCACGCAACCUUGCUUGAAACAAAUGAUACGAAUGGAUUUCGAAUCGUGUUCCAAGAUUUGUUUCUAUAUUAUAGUCAUCGAAUCCAAAUAGGGGCAGGGACUGAUCCUUCUGAUCAACAAUCUGUCAUCACAACCAUCGAUGGAUACAGGACCUGCUGCCCUGUUGAUGUCUAUGUAGAGACAAAUAAGAUGUGGAUUGCUGUAAUAGGAGGAUCGACUUCCACCAAUCUUGAGAUUGAUGCGGAGAUUGUUGCUUUUGACUUUUCAACCCUGUUUAAUUGCCCCAGGAGCAAUAUGAAAGUGUCAUCAGAUGUUCUGUGUGAUGGAGUGUACCACUGCGAUCAUUAUGAAGAUGAAUCGACAUGCAAUUACACUGCGACGUAUCUGCAAUCAGGUGAAUCUCAUUCAAUCGACAUACCACGCAACUACACAAGACGAUUUUACCACGCAACCGUGCUGCAAACAAACGAUACGAAUGGAUUUCGAAUCGUGUUCCAAGAUUUCUAUAUCAGAUCUACCAAUCAAGUCCAAAUUGGGACAGGUACUGAUCCCUCUGAUCCUGAGUCUGUCAUCACAACUAUCUAUGGAACUACAUAUUGCUGUCCCUGGGAUGUCUACAUAGAGUCCAAUGAGAUGUGGAUUGGUGUCAUAGGAGGACUGACUUACACCAAUCUUGAGAUUGACGCGGACAUCGUUGCUUUUGACCUUUCAACCCUGUUUGAUUGCCCGAGGAGCAAUAUGAAAGUGUCAUCAGAUGUUCUGUGUGAUGGAGUGUACCAUUGCGAUUAUUAUGAAGAUGAAUCGGCAUGCAAUUACACUGCGACGUAUCUGCAAUCAGGUGAAUCUUAUUCAAUCGACAUACCACGCAACUACAUAAGACGAUUUUACCACGCAACCGUGCUACAAACAAAUGAUACGAAUGGAUUUCGAAUCGUGUUCCAAGAUUUCUAUAUCAGAUCUACCAAUCAAAUCCAAAUUGGGACAGGUACUGAUCCAUCUGAUCCACAGUCUGUCAUCACAAGUCUGUUUGGAUAUAGAAGCUCUUCUGAUGAUGUCUAUGUGGAGACCAAUCAGAUGUGGAUGGUUGUCAUAGGAGGACUUUAUGACACCAAUCUCUUCAUAGAUGUUGACAUAUUUGCUAUUGAUCUCUCAACCCUGUUUAAUUGCCCAGUGAGCAAUAACGGGUUAUCAGUUCUGUGUGAUGGAGUGUAUCAAUGCGAUUUUUAUGAAGACGAAUCGGCAUGCAAUUACACUGCGACGUAUCUGCAAUCAGGUGAAUCUUAUUCAAUCGACAUACCACGCAACUACACAACACGACUUUACCACGUAACCGUGCUACAAACAAAUGAUACGAAUGGAUUUCGAAUCGUGUUCCAAGAUUUUUAUAUCAGAUCUACCAAUCAAAUCCAAGUAGGGACAGGUACUGAUCCCUCUGAUCCAGAGACUGUCAUCACAACUAUCUAUGGAACUACAUAUUGCUGUCCCUGGGAUGUCUACAUAGAGUCCAAUGAGAUGUGGAUUGGUGUCAUAGGAGGACUGACUUACACCAAUCUUCAGAUUGAAGCGGACAUCGUUGCUUUUGACCUUUCAACCCUGUUUAAUUGCCCGAGGAGCAAUAUGAACGUGUCAUCAGAUGUUCUGUGUGAUGGAGUGUACCAUUGCGAUUAUUAUGAAGAUGAAUCGGCAUGCAAUUACACUACGACGUAUCUGCAAUCAGGUGAAUCUUAUUCAAUCGACAUACCACUCAACUACACAAGACGAUUUUACCACGCAACCGUGCUACAAACAAACGAUACAAAUGGAUUUCGAAUCGUGUUCCAAGAUUUCUAUAUCAGAUCUACCAAUCAAAUCCAAGUAGGGACAGGUACUGAUCCCUCUGAUCCAGAGACUGUCAUCACAACUAUCUAUGGAACUACAUAUUGCUGUCCCUGGGAUGUCUACAUAGAGUCCAAUGAGAUGUGGAUUGGUGUCAUAGGAGGACUGACUUACACCAAUCUUCAGAUUGAAGCGGACAUCGUUGCUUUUGACCUUUCAACCCUGUUUAAUUGCCCGAGGAGCAAUAUGAACGUGUCAUCAGAUGUUCUGUGUGAUGGAGUGUACCAUUGCGAUUAUUAUGAAGAUGAAUCGGCAUGCAAUUACACUACGACGUAUCUGCAAUCAGGUGAAUCUUAUUCAAUCGACAUACCACUCAACUACACAAGACGAUUUUACCACGCAACCGUGCUACAAACAAACGAUACAAAUGGAUUUCGAAUCGUGUUCCAAUAUUUAUAUAUCAGAUCUACCAAUCAAGUCCAAAUUGGGACAGGUACUGAUCCCUCUGAUCCAGAGACUGUCAUCACAACUAUCUAUGGAACUACAUAUUGUUGUCCCUGGGAUGUCUACAUAGAGUCCAAUGAGAUAUGGAUUGGUGUCAUAGGAGGACUUUAUUACACCACUCUUGAGAUUGAUGCGGAAAUCGUUGCUUUUGACCUUUCAACCCUGUUUGAUUGCCCGAGGAGCAAUAUGAACGUGUCAUCAGAUGUUCUGUGUGAUGGAGUGUACCAUUGCGAUUAUUAUGAAGAUGAAUCGGCAUGCAAUUACUCAGCGACGUAUGUACAAUCAGGUGAAUCUUAUUCAAUCGACAUACCACGCAACUACACAAGACGAUUUUACCACGCAACCUUGCUACAAACAAAUGAUACGAAUGGAUUUAGAAUCAUCUUCCAAAAUUUCUAUAUCAGACAUACCAAUCAAAUCCAAAUAGGGACAGGUACUGAUCCAUCUGAUCCAGAGUCUGUCAUCACAACUCUCUUUGGAUAUCGAAGCUCUUCUCAUGAUGUUUAUGUGGAGACCAAUAAGAUAUGGAUUUCUGUCAUAGGAGGACUGGCUGACACCAAUCUCCUCAUAGAUGUUGACAUCUUCGCUAUUGAUCUCUCGACUCCUUUUAGCUGCCCAGUGAGCAAUAUGAACGUGUCAUCAGAUGUUCUAUGUGAUGGAGUGUACGAUUGCGAUCAUUAUGAAGAUGAAUUGGCAUGCAAUUACACUGCGACGUAUCUACAAUCAGGUGCAUCUCAUUCAAUCGACAUACCAGGCAACUACACAAGACGAUUUUACCACGUAACCGUGCUACAAACAAAUGAUACGAAUGGAUUUCGAAUCGUGUUCCAAGAUUUCUAUAUCAGAUCUAGUAAUCAAGUCCAAAUAGGGACAGGCACUGAUCCAGCUGAUACACAGUCCGUCACCAAAACUAUCUCUGGAUCUACAUAUUGCUGUCCUUGGGAUGUUUAUAUAGAGACCGAUAAUAUGUGGAUUGCUGCCAUAGGCGGACUGACUUACACCAAUCUUAAGAUUGAUGCGGACAUCGUUUCUUUCAACCUUUCAACUCUGUUUAAUUGCCCAAUGAGCAAUAUAAACGUGUCAUCAGAUGUUCUCUGUGAUGGAGUGUACCAUUGUGAUCAUUAUGAAGACGAAUCAACAUGCAAUUACACUGCGACAUAUCUGCAAUCAGGUGCAUCUUAUUCAGUCGACAUACCACGCAACUACACAAGACGAUUUUACCACGCAACCGUGCUACAAACAAACGAUACGAAUGGAUUUCGAAUCGUGUUCCAAUAUUUAUAUCUCUAUUCUAGUCAUCGAAUCCAAAUAGGGGCAGGUACUGAUCCGUCUGAUCAACAAUCUGUCAUCACAACCAUCAAUGGAUAUAGAACUUGCUGCCCUGUUGAUGUCUACGUAGAGACCAAUAGGAUGUGGAUUGCUGUCAUAGGAGGUCUGACUUACACCAAUCUUGAGAUUGAAGCGGACAUCGUUGCUUUCAACAUUUCAACUCUGUUUAAUUGCCCGAGGAGCAAUAUGAACGUGUUAUCAGAUGUGCUGUGUGAUGGAGUGUAUCAUUGCGAUCAUUACGAAGAUGAAUUGGCAUGCAAUUACUCAGCGACGUAUGUACAAUCAGGUGAAUCUUAUUCAAUCGACAUACCACGCAACUACACAAGACGAUUUUACCACGCAACCUUGCUACAAACAAAUGAUACGAAUGGAUUUAGAAUCGUCUUCCAAAAUUUCUAUAUCAGACAUACCAAUCAAAUCCAAAUAGGGACAGGUACUGAUCCAUCUGAUCCAGAGUCUGUCAUCACAACUCUCUUUGGAUAUCGAAGCUCUUCUCAUGAUGUUUAUGUGGAGACCAAUAAGAUGUGGAUUUCUGUCAUAGGAGGACUGGCUGACACCAAUCUCUUCAUAGAUGUUGACAUCUUUGCUAUUGAUCUCUCGACUCUUUUUAGCUGCCCAGUGAGCAAUAUGAACGUGUCAUCAGAUGUUCUAUGUGAUGGAGUGUACGAUUGCGAUCAUUAUGAUGAUGAAUUGGCAUGCAAUUACACUACGACGUAUCUGCAAUCAGGUGAAUCUCAUUCAAUCGACAUACCACGCAACUACACAAGACGAUUUUACCACGCAACCGUGCUGCAAACAAACGAUACGAAUGGAUUUCGAAUCGUGUUCCAAGAUUUCUAUAUCAGAUCUACCAAUCAACUCCGAAUUGGGACAGGUUCUGAUCCCUCUGAUCCAGAGACUGUCAUCACAACUAUCUAUGGAACUACAUAUUGCUGUCCCUGGGAUGUCUACAUAGAGUCCAAUGAGAUGUGGAUUGGUGUCAUAGGAGGACUUUAUGACACCACUCUUGAGAUUGAUGCAGACAUCGUUGCUUUUGACCUUUCAACCCUGUUUGAUUGCCCGAGGAGCAAUAUGAACGUGUCAUCAGAUGUUCUGUGUGAUGGAGUGUACCAUUGCGAUUAUUAUGAAGAUGAAUCGGCAUGCAAUUACACUACGACGUAUCUGCAAUCAGGUGAAUCUCAUUCAAUCGACAUACCACGCAACUACACAAGACGAUUUUACCACGCAACCGUGCUGCAAACAAACGAUACGAAUGGAUUUCGAAUCGUGUUCCAAGAUUUCUAUAUCAGAUCUACCAAUCAACUCCAAAUUGGGACAGGUACUGAUCCCUCUGAUCCAGAGUCUGUCAUCACAACUAUCUAUGGAACUACAUAUUGCUGUCCCUGGGAUGUCUACAUAGAGUCCAAUGAGAUGUGGAUUGGUGUCAUAGGAGGACUUUAUGACACCACUCUUGAGAUUGAUGCGGACAUCGUUGCUUUUGACCUUUCAACUCUGUUUAGCUGCCCAGUGAGCAAUAUGAACGUGUCAUCAGAUGUUCUAUGUGAUGGAGUGUACCAUUGCGAUCAUUAUGAAGAUGAAUCGGCAUGCAAUUAUUCAACGACGUAUCUGCAAGCAGGAGAGUCACAUUCAAUCGACAUAUCACGCAACUACACCAGACGAUUUUACCACACAACCUUGCUACAAACAAAUGAUACGAAUGGAUUUCGAAUCGUGUUCAAAGAUUCAUAUCUGUAUUCUAGUAAUCAAAUCCAAAUAGGGAAAGGUACCGAUCCGUCUGAUCAACAAUCUGUCAUCACAACCAUCAAUGGAUACAGAUACUGCUGCCCUGUUGAUGUAUAUGAAGAGGCCAAUGAGUUGUGGAUGUCUGUCAUUGGAGGACUGACUUACACCAAUAUCUUUAUUGACGUUAAUAUCAUUGCUAUUGACCUGAGAAAAUCCUUUCAUUGUCCAGUCUCGAGCAGAAAUAUAUCAGUAACCUUGGCAUGUGAUGGAUAUUAUGACUGCGAUAAUUUCGAGGAUGAAUUAUAUUGUAAUAACCCAGUUACACACCUCGAGGAAGGCCAAUCACAUUCUAUCAGAACGCCAUCUUUCACAAGAGAAUUCUACAAUACAACCUUGUUAAAAGCAAAUACUACAAAUGGAUUUCGAAUUGUGUUCCAUCGUUUGUAUCUCAAUUAUUAUGAUGACGAAAUCCGAAUAGGGACAGGGAACGAUCCAUCUGAUAUCCAGUCUAUUGUAACAACUAUCCAUGGAUAUGCAUACUACGAGGAUGAUAUGUACAUAGAUAACCAUAAAAUGUGGAUUGUUGUCAUAGGAUCAAAACAGUACAGUCAUUCAUAUCAUCUUGAUCUGGACAUUAGUAUUACUGCCAUCGAUUUAUUUAAUUCUUUUCCUUGUACGUCGUCUUACAUGAACGUGCCAGUGACGUUGGUUUGUGAUGGAUAUUACGACUGCGAUAAUUAUGAAGACGAAUCGUUAUGCGGUAAGAAAUACAAUAACAUUACAUUACAUUAUUAUUGAGCUGAUAUAUCAGUCACCAGCGCAUACACCCUACCUAUGGCAUCCCCUCUUGUUCUAGCCUACAUGUAAUCUAGGCGGAGUCUGCAGCUAUAAGAAACUGUUCGUAGUUUACCGCACCUUUUGAACUCGCAUACAUGUCUUACGAGAAAAACCAACCGCAUCAGUCUUCUUUCUUUC